AUGAAGCACCUCUUCUCAGCGGAAGUAAGUCUGGCGAUAGAAAAUAAUCACUCGUCUAGUUCCGGAUCCACGAUUGCGGCUAGAGACACCAGCAAACCAAACGGAAUCAGUGGAUUAAAUAAGGAAAUAUACUCUGAAAAAAGUGGAUCCAAACACUCCCGGCAUGCUGUUGGAUCCGGACGCGUGGAAACCGCCCAAAGAAAUUCUGUGGCUGAAACGGUUCAAACUGCAAGCAAGCGAAAAAGCUUGACAAAGUACCAAGCAAAUGAAAAAACUCCACCAUACAUCCUGACAAACAUCGCAGCAGGUUUAGCGCCAAACGAGAUGAACACUGAGCCGGAAUCAGCAUCACAUCAACAGCAACAGCAGAAUAACUUUGCCACAAGGAGUCAGUUGUUCUUCUCAUGCGUGGAAGUGGCUCAGGCAGCGAUCACAAUGGAACAGUGUGGAUAUGAUGUACCGAAGCGUGUGUGCCCUCAAUGA